CCCCCACAGGCUCUUCUCUUUCAUCUAGCCUGAGAUUUAUGAACUUGUACAUGAUGAAUUGUGAACUUUUGGCCACAUGCAGUGCUCUUGGCUACUUGGAGGGGGACACAUAUCACAAAGAGCCGGAUUGCUUAGAGAGUGUGAAAGACUUGAUCCGCUAUUUGCGAUAUGAGGAUGAGACUCGGGAUAUCCGGCAGCAACUGGGGGCAGCCCAGGUUCUCCAAAAUGACCUGGUGCCAAUCAUUAUUCAGUAUCCUGAAGAUAAACAACUCUUUGAUACUGUUAUCAGGCUGAUGGUGAAUCUAACCCAGCCGGCUCUAGUUUGCUUUGGCAAACUCCCCCAAGACGCCAACUUCCGCCAUCACUUCCUGCAAACAGUCUCUUAUCUGCAGGCCUACAAAGAAGCAUUUGCUAGUGAGAAGGUCUUUGGAGUACUGAGUGAGAAGCUCUAUGAUCUGCUGCAACUGGACUGGGAACAGCGUCAAGAAGAGGAUAACCUGUUAAUAGAGCGCAUCCUGCUUUUGGUGCGCAAUGUGCUGCAUGUCCCCGCUGACCCUGAUGAAGAGAAGAACAUUGAUGAUGAUGCCAGCAUCCAUGACCGUGUGCUGUGGGCAAUGCACAUAAGCGGCAUGGAUGACCUGCUCAAAUUCUUGGCCAGCUCCCAAAGCGAGCAGCAGUGGAGCCUGCAUGUGCUGGAGAUCAUCUCUCUUAUGUUCCGGGAUCAGAAACCUGAGCAGCUGGCAUCUACAGGGCAGACCCGCUCAGCCAAGGAACGUGGGACAGACAUGGCAGAAUUGGAAGUCCUGAGACAGAAGGAACUGGCUGAGAGGAAGGGCCGCAUACUCCAACGAAGCAGCAGGCACUCUCGGUUUGGUGGCUGCUACAUCAUUCAGGGCUUGAAGUCUAUUGGAGACAGAGAUGUUGUCUUGCACAAGGGACUACAUAAUGUGAAGAACUAUUCCCAUGAUCUGGGGAAGGAAGUGCGGCGAGUGCCAAAGAGACAGCAGCGUGCCCGUGAUGAUGAGAGUACCCCUCGCCGGUCAGCCCUCAGUGUACGAGUUUUCCUCAAGGAGUUCUGCACAGACUUCCUGGAGAACUGCUACAACCGUCUCAUGUAUCAGGUUAAGGACUACCUCAUCAGAGAGAAGGCCCAGCAGAAUGAUGAAACCUACUACCUGUGGGCCAAGGCUUUUUUCAUGGCCUUCAACCGAGCGUCCUCUUUCCAUCCUCAGCUGGUUUCGGAGACUGUGAGCACCCGGACUUUUCACUUCAUUGAGCAGAAUCUGACCAAUUACUAUGAAAUGAUGCUUAUGAAUAAGAAGGAGGCUACAUCUUGGUCUAGAAGGAUGCAUCUGGCUCUGAAGGCCUACCAGGAGUUGUUGAUGACUGUGCAUGAAAUGGACCAUUCACAAGAAGAAGCUGUGCGCAGUAGCAGCCACAUCCUGAAGAAUAACGUUUUCUAUGUGAUGGAGUAUCGUGAGAUUUUCCUCACCCUCUUCCGUAAGUUUGAUGAGAGAAAGCAGCCCAGGUCAUUCCUUAAAGACCUAGUGGAGACUACUCAUCUGUUCUUGAAGAUGCUGGAGAAAUUUUGCAAAGGGAAGAACAAUGUAAUGGUCCAGAGCAAGAAGAUCAAGAAGAGAAAGAAGCCCCAGGCUUCCGCUGCCACAUCAAACUCGCAGCCCAAAACUCCUGAGGAGUUGGACGAAAUGUGGCCAAAGCUGGCUGAGAAUCUCAGUAAAUGCAUAGAGGGUUUUGAGCCUCUUCCAGAGGAUGUGGUCCCCUUCGAUGCAGCAUCAGAAGUUCCACUGGAGGAACAGCGAGCUGAUGCCAUGGUACGAAUCCAGGAUAGCCUACUGGCUGGCCAAGCUCCUGAAGCGCUGUCCCUCUUGCAUUCAGCUAGGGAGGUGUGGCCUGAAGGGGAUGUUUUUGGAUCUUCCAGUCUUGCUUCUGAUGAAGAAGUUGAACUGCUGAAACGUGUCUUCUUUGCCAACCUCCCUCGGCAAGCUGCACCAGAUGAACCUGAAGAGGCAGCUGAAGAAGAAGAGAUUGCUGAGGAAGAGCUGGCAGCUGUACGAGUAUCAGAGAAGGAGUUCAGCUUCCUGGACUAUGUGAAACGGUUUGCUACCGCUAAUGUGGUCAAGGCUUACGUCCUUCUCUUCAAGAACUACCAGCAAAACAGCGCUCACACCAACCACUGUGUGGUGAAGAUGCUGCACCGCAUUGCUUAUGAUCUCAAGAUGGAGGCUCUGCUGUUCCAACUUUCCAUCUUCUGCCUCUUCAACAGGCUCCUCAGUGAUCCUGCUUCUGGGGCUUACAAGGAACUGGUGACCUUUGCCAAAUACAUUGUGGGCAGAUUUUUUGCACUGGCAUCCAACAACAAGAAGGCCUAUGUAGAACUCUUGUUCUGGAAAAGUUCAGCUGUGGUACGGGAGAUGACUGAGGGCUAUGGGACAUCACAGGAAGGAGAAGGCUCAAACUCUCGUAAGGCAUGCCAGUGGACUGAGGCUGAGGAGGAGGAGCUGCGGGAACUCUACUACAAGUACAAGGAAGUAGAAGGAGCAGAUGUGCUUAACAGCAUCCUGGCCCACCUGAGAAACAACAACCGGACUCGUAAACAGGUGGCUAAGCAGCUGGUGCACUUGGGACUAGCAAGCAGUGUGCGAGACUUUCCUCAAGAGCGAAAGGGGACCCGCAUUGUCCUGUGGACACAGGAUCAAGAAGCAGAGCUUCAGCGGCUCUUUGAGGAAUUCCAGGGCACAGAUGAUAUCCUGGGCAAUGUGAUGAGGCACAUCACAGCGAAACGAUCCAAGGCCCGCAUUAUUGAGAAGCUCCUCAAAAUGGGGCUGGUGUCUGACCGUAAGCAGCUCUACAAGAAGCGCAAACGCAAGCCUGGCUACCUUGAUGAGAACAAUAGCAUGUUCCCCAAGGACUUUGGGGUGCCUGACCUGGAUGAGGCUAAUGAAGAGGAGGAGGAAGAGGAUGAUUUGGGAAGUGAGGAUGAGGAGCCAGCCUGGGAGGAUGGUGAUGGUGACAUGUCCAACAGACUCCUGGAUAGGGGGACUAGCAAAAAGGGGGCUGCCGCCUCUGACAGGGACUCCCAGGAGCUCAUACAAAGUCUGCAGCAAGAAGGCCUGUCUGGUCCUCUGCUGUGGCUCCAGAGCUGCCUAUACCGAACAGCUGAUGACAGGGAAGUGGAUGGAUGUGCCCAACCUGUGCCUUUGGUACCGCUGUCUGAAGAGAAUGAGGAUGCAAUGGACCAUAAAGACUUCCAGAAGCUGCUACGGAAAGUUGGGAUACGAGCCCCAGCCAAUGAACAGGAAUCUUUCUGGCGCAUCCCAGCCAAGCUCCACCCAGAACAGCUGCGGCAUCUGGCUGCUUCCAUUGCCCUGCAGGGAUUGGCAGAUGUGACUCAAGGACACCCAACUGAGCAAGAAGUUCUUGAGACAGAGGGACCAAGGAGCCUGAUACCAGAAAAGGAGGAGUCCACGCAGCUCCCAUUGGGACCCAAGAGGAUCCGUUUGAUCAGCAGCAAUGAGCACGAGAGCGACAGCCAAGGCUCCAGUGAGGAGGAUGGGCCACGUCCUGCUGGCAAGAGGAAGUGCCUGAGAAUUGAGGAAGAGGAGGAAGAUUAAUGGAACAGAGCCUUCACUGGGCCCAGAAAGCCAAUUACACCCACAGGUCUCCAGCCUUGGCAUUGUAACCAGUCACUUCAGACAGUGGAAUGUUAACUAGACCAGACUGGCAGUUGUCAGACUUCCUAUAUUCUCAGGCCUCAUCAAUUACUUCUUUUUUGGGAGGGUGGGGGGGGAUGCGGAACAAUUGGACUCUGGAUACAAAACUAAAACGAAACAGGACAGGACAGAUGGACCCAGUGGCUUAAAAAUAGCGGAAGAACAUGUAAAAAUAAGAAUUGGGCUUAUUUUCAUGGUGCUGUGUGUGGGUUAUAAGUCUUAAUGCAGGUUGAAUCUUGUACAUGAUGCACUCUCUCUUUGAACUUGUUCCAUGUUUGUAGACUAGCCAAUUUUUAUUUGCCCCAGAGUGGCAAUGCUGCUGUCUGUACAGUGUCAUCCUUGCAGACUGGGUUCCUAGGCUGAAACUGAAGGAUGUAAGCUCUUUGUUCCCUAAGACUCUUUCAUGUGUGGGAUUUGCCUUGCUCCCCUCCCCUUCACCUGGGCCUUCUUGGCAUUGUCCCUUUGCUUUUCACAUGUUGCCUUACAAUGUUUGUAGACAAAUAUCCUGUCUCUGUCAUUUGUGCUUUAUCCUGUUCCCACUUCUCCUUCCCUGAAGACGAGUGCGGGACCAGGAACCUCUCAGUCCCAUUUAGCGUCCUGUGUUAGAGCUAAACGGCAAGGAAGGACACCCAAGAGUUGCAGCUCCACAGGGAAGAGUCAUUGCCCGAGCUUUUCUUUACACCCAGAUAACCAUCCCCCGGCAAGAUACAUCCACUGCCAGCUGCUUCCACCUCUUUGUCUGCUGCUGCCUUGUUUUUCAGCUGUUGAUUUUAUUGUUUGGGUUGUUCAUGAUGGAGGCAAUGCCAGAGAAGAAUAAAGGUAAGCCUCCCACUGAUUUCCCAAGCUCCCCACUUUUGCCUGUCAGGCAGUGUUUCUGUGAGUGUCUUGUGGGGGUUUAAAUUUAAAUUUUUUAAUCUUUGGAAUAAUUCUGAAGAAAUAAAAUAUUUUGAAGGA